AUGGCAGCCACCAGGCGUGUGAUGACAGCUGUCCGAGUGUUUGAAUUUGGUGGCCCUGAAGUGCUUAAACUCCAGUCAGAUGUGUUAGUUCCUGUUCCAAAAGAAAACCAGGUGUUAAUUAAAGUCCAUGCCUGUGGGGUGAAUCCUGUUGAGACGUACAUUCGUUCUGGGACUUACGCCAGGAAACCGCCUUUGCCCUACACUCCUGGCUCGGAUGUGGCUGGGGUGAUUGAGAGUGUUGGGGAGCACGUGACUGCAUUCAAGAAAGGUGACAGAGUUUUCACCCUUGAAACACUUUCUGGAGGAUACGCCGAGUAUGCAGUUGCUGCAGCCAACAGAGUCUUUCCUUUGCCAGACAAACUGGACUUCAGGCAGGGAGCAGCGAUUGGAGUGCCCUACUUCACUGCCUACCGGGCCCUUUUCCAGAAAGGCUGUGCCAAAGCAGGGGAAAGCGUGCUGGUGCAUGGUGCUAGUGGGGGGGUGGGACUAGCAACAUGUCAGAUUGCCAGAGCUUGUGGUUUGAAGGUUUUGGGUACAGCAGGAACGGAGGAGGGCAUGAAUAUGAUCCUCAGAAAUGGUGCUCACCAAGCCUUUAAUCACAGAGACCCAAAUUACACGGAGAGAAUUAAGGCAUGCACAGGGCCGGGUGGAGUCGAUAUCAUCAUAGAAAUGCUCUCUAAUGUCAACCUGGAUGCUGACUUGCAGCUGCUGUCCUGCGCAGGGAGGGUGAUGGUUGUGGGCUGCAGAGGGCGCAUUGAGAUAAACCCAAGAGACACAAUGAGCAAGGAAUCCAGCAUAAUUGGAGUGAGUCUGUUUCUUGCAACUGAGGAGGACAGGCGUGAAUGUGCCACAGCAGUCCUUGAUGGCAUAGAAGCUGGCUGGCUGAAACCCGUUGUGGGCUUGGAAUAUCCCCUGGAGAAAGUAGCCAAGGCUCAUGAAGACAUUAUUUGUAGCAAUGGUGCCCGAGGGAAGAUGGUGCUCCUUCUAUAAAGGAGCACCUUCUUCCAUUUAUUUUGUAGCUGUUCUAACUGCACCUUUGCUUACAUGGUUCACUGAAUGUAUGUUAUAAAUAUACCUUUGAUCAUGUUUGACAGUAGCAGAAAAUGCUAAAAAUGCUCACUUAGAUGAAUUAGUUAACAUUUUCUUUUUGCAAUGAGCAGAGUUGCAUUUAAUGUAAGGUAAUUUUGGUAGAUUUUUGAUUGAUGUGGAAAUAAUAAAUUUCCUCCACUGGCAUGGUUUGUGCUGCAGGGAAUGGUAGGGUUUGGUAUCAUGGUCCAUGUGAAGGCAGAGUGAGGCCACUGUAGGUAAUGCAGAAUAAAGAUGCUUUUUACAGGUACACAAAAAUAAAUAACUCACUGUGUGUGUUAAUUAGAACUGUAAAUUCUUUUAGCCUCAAAAUUUGUAGUCAAAUUUUGUCACAAUUUACUUGAAAUAAAAGCUUUUACUGACAAAAUAGUUUACUUUCUAGCUCAAAAGAUGGGCAGAAUCUCUCAAACAGGAACUGUUUGGAGCCGAGGCAGUUCUACUUGUCUGUGCCUCUAAGGCUGAGGUGAUAGUGUCCUGGCUCAUCCAUAGGGACUGUCACUCUGGAGCUGCAUGCUGGGAUUUGCCUCUUUGGAACUGAUGAUCAUGACCGAAGCAGCUGAUUCCUGGAUAGUAAAUGCCUGAUUGUGAAGAGUUCAGUUCUUCCUAUGUGCUUUAAUAAAGUCUCCUGGAUCCCUGGCUCCGUGGAGAGCAGAGGCUACAUGGCUUUGUGGCAUGGAGAGUUCCUGUGAAACUCCCGAGCUCCAUCCGCUGAAGUGGGCAGGGCGUAGCCUCAGCCGUAGGGCUUGUGUCCAGGUGUCUGUGUGGGGUCACUUUGCCAUGGCACCGGGGUCAUUUCAUUGUGUCUUGUUCUCAUAAACCUUACAUCCACUGCACAACAGAUGGUGGUGCCAGGAAAGAUGGUGGAAUGUUUCUAGAGUUAACGGUUUCAAUUUAGGGUUUCAGUGAGUGGUUUCAGAAAGCUGCUUGGGGAGAGAAGGAUGAGGCCAUCUCAGCUGUGGGACUGUCUGCCAAGGUGCAGUGGGAUCCUUCCUCCCGCCAGGCUGCCCCAGGGGAACGAAGCUGGUUUCUUUGUAGCACUUCCCACAGGAGUAGGGAGCUUUAUAUGAAGAUUUAAGUGAUUCACCUGCUGUAAGUGAUGUGUGUAGCAAGUGUCUCAGUUGCUUAUCCAGGUGAAAGGUGCUGACUGUUCUAUUGUCUCAAGCAGAAUGAAGCCUGAGCAGUGGUGUCAUGCUGGCAACCUGCUAUUCCUCUUGACAACACUGUUAGAGAAAGUGAAACAUCUCUCAAUAUCAAAGUAGUAAACACAGGUUAAAAGUAAAGUUUAACAACAGAUAUGAUUGUGGAGCUGAUGUGCAUAUAAAAGUAUAGACCCUCUAUAUUCUGUGUCAAACAUUAAAUUAUUUUUAAUUCAGUCUUAAUUUAGUAGGGGUCUAUGACAUGGAUGAGAGGCUGAUGGUUUGCAGUGGCUCCUUUCUUGCUUAGUUCUGCCACUGCAUCGUGGGUGAUGUUUAGAGGAGAAAUCCAGAGCAAGUCUCUGGUCUGUCCUCAUCGUUGAUGUCCCAAGGGCCGUGAUUGUAGUGGAGUUUGUCACCAGAAGGUGUCAGAGCAGUUCUGUGUUACCACGUUGUCAGAUUAUUGCUGCUCUCUGCCAGACGACAUGGCAGAAUGGCACAGCAGGACUGGGACUGACUUGUUGGGAAUAUCAUAGAUCGUUUAUUCUUCUGUCAAUUUCCAAUGUAUUGUAUAAAUCGAAGGAGUUUUUUUUUUUUAAAUUUUGGAAGAAGCAGUGUGAAUAGAACUGAUGAGGUAGGGCUCAGGUAUGUCUGAUUUGUGUAAGCCACCAGUCUAGAGAAUGUCAUCCUGGAGAGUUCUUGGUUUGGCUCUCUUUUUGGGACAUGCUGCCCCUUGGCAGUGCAGAAAAGGAUGAGGAAAGGAGUGGGAGCCACAGGCCUUGAAUCUGGAGGAAUAAUUCUCUCAGUUUGUUGAGAAUCUUCUCCUGAUUUGACUGGAUGGGAUUUUGGAAGCAGUGGUUCCCAGUCACAGCCUGCUUGGUGCUGCCAUGGGUGUUUGGAAGGGUUAAACUGGUUAAACUGUAUUUGUGCCGACUUUGGCAUCUGCAGGAGAGGUUUGGGGUUCAAAGUGAGGAGUUGUGUACUAUGCAAGGCUCUGGAAACUGCUGUUCUAUGUGUUUCUAAAACAGAAAAGAGUGGAAUUAUUCUGAAAAGCAGCUGCUCUUGUUUAAUUUCAUUGUGCCUCAAAUAAAUGCUGCUUACCUUUUCUAGUCA